GCCACGCUUUCCAGCUGGAGUCCUAGGGCGCUGACUGCUCCCCAGUUUCCGUAGGGAAACGCUGGGCCACCGCGGCUAUUGUGCGUCGCGCUUUCGCCCUCCUCUUCCCGCUGCGGUGUCUAUGGAGCCAGGCUACGUUUAAUUGCCGCCGCGGCUUAACCCUUCCGGCGCCUAACAGGACGGCCGGCAAGCUUCUUUGCACCAGGAAGAAGUCUUAGCAGCCGGCGGGCCCUGGUCACGAAACCUUAGGGUACAAGGAAGACAGCUGAAGAAGGAGCCCGAGCGCUCCUGUUUGGUCCUCGGGCUUCGCUGGGGCGGGGCGCAGGCGUUGGCUUUAAGAAGGGGGAGGGGACAGUGCAAUCGGGUUGCCCGCGGAGUUCGGCUAAGGAAGUCUUCCGCUCGCUCGGGAGCGAGGAGUCUGUAGCCAGGAGAGGCUGCUCCCAGCUGCAGCUCUCACCCUCGCCUACGCCCUGGGCGGGCGGGCCCAAGUGUCACGUUUGCAAUUGCUCAGGAAGGAUCCGGCCUGUCUCCGGAGGCAAGUCGGGCUGCUGUUUCUGCCGCCUAUCUGGGGAGGCGAUGCCUAGGGGGCAUGCUGCUUGCUAGGCAGCAUCCUGCCGGGAUCUGACUGCGAUAGUUGGCUCUCUCUGGCUCUGAAGCCACUGCCGGGGCGCAGGUUCUCUGUCCGGACCAGCCAGCGCUCCCCAGGAAUCUCAUUGAAACAGAACCAUGGGACAUCCCCCACUGGAGUUCAGCGACUGCUACCUGGACAGCCCUGAUUUCCGAGAGAGGCUCAAGUGUUAUGAGCAGGAACUGGAGAGGACCAACAAAUUCAUCAAAGACGUGAUCAAAGACGGCAACGCACUCAUCAGCGCUAUGAGAAAUUAUUCCUCUGCUGUUCAGAAAUUUUCCCAGACGCUGCAGUCAUUUCAGUUUGAUUUCAUUGGAGACACUCUGACUGAUGAUGAAAUUAACAUUGCUGAAUCCUUCAAGGAAUUUGCUGAGUUGCUCAAUGAAGUAGAAAAUGAGAGAAUGAUGAUGGUACACAAUGCUAGUGAUUUGCUGAUCAAACCCCUGGAAAAUUUCCGUAAGGAACAAAUAGGCUUCACCAAGGAGCGGAAAAAGAAAUUUGAAAAGGAUGGUGAGAGGUUUUAUUCUUUGCUGGAUCGGCACUUACACCUGUCUUCCAAAAAGAAAGAAUCUCAGUUACAAGAGGCAGACCUACAGGUGGACAAGGAGAGGCACAAUUUUUUUGAGUCUUCUCUUGAUUAUGUUUAUCAAAUUCAGGAAGUUCAGGAGUCCAAGAAGUUCAAUAUUGUGGAGCCUGUCUUGGCCUUUCUUCAUAGUCUGUUCAUUUCUAACAGCCUGACUGUGGAGCUCACACAGGAUUUCCUCCCAUACAAACAGCAGCUCCAGCUCAGUUUGCAGAAUGGGCCCUUGGACUUAACACUGAAGUACUGUGUGAGAAGGAAGACGGAGUCUAUUGACAAGCGGUUCUGUUUUGAUAUAGAAACUAAUGAAAGGCCAGGAACCAUCACUCUGCAGGCCCUUUCAGAAGCUAACAGAAGGCUUUGGAUGGAAGCCAUGGAUGGGAAAGAGCCUAUCUACCACAGCCCUAUAACAAAACAGCAAGAAAUGGAGCUAAAUGAAGUGGGCUUCAAGUUUGUUAGAAAGUGCAUCAAUAUUAUUGAGACCAAAGGGAUCAAGACAGAGGGGUUGUACCGCACUGUGGGCAGCAACAUUCAGGUUCAAAAGCUGCUGAAUGCCUUUUUUGAUCCUAAAUGCCCAGGAGAUGUUGAUUUUCAUAAUAGUGACUGGGACAUUAAGACAAUCACCAGCUCCUUGAAAUUCUACCUCAGGAAUCUAUCUGAACCUGUCAUGACCUAUAGGCUUCACAAAGAGCUGGUCUCUGCUGCCAAGUCUGACAACCUGGAUUACCGCCUGGGAGCUAUUCACUCCCUGGUAUAUAAGCUACCAGAAAAGAACCGAGAGAUGCUGGAACUUCUGAUAAGACACUUGGUCAAUGUGUGUGAGCACAGCAAAGAGAAUCUUAUGACCCCCUCCAACAUGGGGGUGAUCUUUGGGCCCACCCUGAUGAGAGCUCAGGAGGAUACUGUAGCCGCCAUGAUGAACAUCAAAUUCCAGAACAUCGUGGUGGAAAUACUAAUCGAGCACUUUGGCAAGAUCUAUUUAGGUCCACCUGAGGAAAGUGCUGCACCUCCAGUGCCUCCGCCUCGGGUGACAGCAAGAAGGCACAAACCAAUCACGAUUUCAAAGCGCCUGCAGCGGGAAAGGACGGUUUUCUAUACUUCUCCCCUGGAUGAAAGCGAAGAUGAAAUCCAACGUCAAACACCAAAUGGUAUGAUCACCAGCAGCAUAGAACCCCUCAAGCCACCACAACACCCCAAACUACCUAUUCAGAGGAGUGGGGAAACUGAUCCUGGGAGGAAGUCCCCAAGCAGGCCUAUUUCGGAUGGCAAGUUGGAGCCCUGUCCAGAGGUGGAUGUGGGGAAGUUGGUGUCUAGGCUACAGGAUGGCGGGACCAAGACUACCCCAAAGGCCACCAAUGGACCCAUGCCAGGCUCUGGGCCCACCAAGACCCCCUCUUUCCACAUAAAGAGACCAGCUCCCCGGCCCCUGGCCCACUACAAGGAGGGGGAUGGUGACAGUUGCAGCAAAGUGCGGCCUCCGGGAGAAAAGCCGACCAUCAUCCGCCCCCCAGUGAGGCCCCCAGAUCCUCCCUGCCGGGCAGCUACUCCCCAGAAGCCAGAACCCAAACCAGAUAUUGUGGCUGGCAAUGCAGGGGAAAUCACAUCAUCUGUGGUGGCUUCCAGGACCAGGUUUUUUGAAACAGCUUCCCGGAAAACAGGAAGUUCUCAAGGCAGACUUCCUGGAGAUGAAAGUUGAGGCUACAGGUUUUAAAAGCCUUGGCCUCAGAGGACCUUCUCCAGGUUCUGAAAGGGUCUUUCUUCUUCAAACCUUUGUGUGCAGAGUCAUUUUGUGUUGAAGAGCAGCUCCUUCCUGGCCUUGCACUUUCAGGCUCUUUCUGGGAGGCCAUAAAAUAAGGCGCAUAUGUCCUAGACAGGUGUUUAUGUCUCCUUUGUAUUCAGUCUUUAUCCCCUCAGAGGUCUAUUUUGCGUUCCUGUAACACUGUGAAGAGCUGGACUGCCUCAAGCCAGACUCCACCGAAACCAAGAUAUCCACUUACCUGAGUCGAAGAGGGCAGCUCAGUUUUCAACUCUUCCCUGAACUUCCUGCUUUCUGAGAGGGCCGUUGAACUUUGAGAGACUUGGGGCUGAAGACUGAUCUCAGGGGUCUUACCUUGAACUGAAGGCCACUUGAGUUGGGGCCCUUGCUUACCUUGUUUGGAGGGGAGUAGGAAUGUUUGCUGAACAUUGGAGAAUCUCAACAUGUCUCCUACUGAGGAUAUGGACACUGGUGUCAGGUCGGCGCUCUAGUGCUGCAGUAUGUUGUCAAGAGCCUGUCUGCUUCUGCGGGGCCAGACAGCCUGAGUGAUGCCCCCACAGCCUCUCCAUGUGGACUUAGGAAGGUGGCCUUCCUGCUCUUCCAUACAGCCAUUUAGGACAAAUCUGCAAAGCAUGUUUUGCAUGUCAGAGCCCAGGUCUAUUUGGAUUAAUCUUUCUGCUGUUUUUUCUUGACAGCUUCCCUUAUAAGCAAUCAAGAAACAAACAAAAGCUGAAUACAUUUCUUUAAAAAAGGAGACUGGGCUUCGUCCUGCAGGAGUUCUAUGUUGGGGUCAAAUGCUAGAAAAAUUGUUAAGGUGGAUUGAGGCCAGGUAGCUGUUACUGUUGCUUCAUGUUUGCCUUCUGCAGAUAAACACUUUUAUCUCCUGAAAGGAGCAGUUCUUAACUCACUGUUCAUGAACUCAAAAACUCCAUGAUGCCCCUGAGGUAGUACGCACAAUUCCAUGACACCAUGCCUUUUCUGAGAAGAUGGUCCAUAAUGUUCUACUAAAUUUCAAAUGGGCUUAUGACCCAAAAAAAGUUCAGAACCACAGCCCUUGAGUAAAAGACUCUUUUUACAACCCAUAUAAGCCCUUGACUGGAAGGGUUUUUCAAAAUCAUUUAAUCUAACUGCCCAGUUUCCAGUUGAGGGAACUGAGGCAGAGCAAGGUAGUGAUCACACCAGGACAAGAUCUCAGGUCCCUGGGCUCCUAUGCAAGGUUCUUUUCAUUAUAUCACAUAUACCUAGCAAGGGACUUUGUGGUUUGUGGCUUUAGUGGCCAUUAUUUCUUGAGUAUUUGCCACCAAGUGAAAAACGUUAAGACGUAAGCCCCUGGUCCCUUUCAUUUACUUUCUCUGUUAUUGGAAAGAAACUAAAAAUUGGUGUAAUGGGGCAUAAUCUGAGGAAUGGACAUUUCCAAUUUCUGUUUGUUGAAGGGAAGCUGCUGGAAAGAGCAUCAGUACCUGUUUCUAUGCAGGCGCCUGGGCUGUAGCUUGUCUGUAGAGUCUGUAUAAUUAUAAUGUUGCCCAGUGUGAGGGAAGGAGCUUUCCUACUUGCACUCUUCUACCAGGGCCCUGCUAGUGCACUGAUUAUAGUGCUGAGAGAGAAGCCUAGAUAAAGAGAUAGUGAGCGCAUGCACACUCCUGCGUAAACCCACUCUGAGAUGCAUUUGGAACAGUUACCGAGAGCAGUAGUCAUUUUCAAGACUGAAUUCCAAACAUAGUUUAUUGGUGAAUUAGGAACAUGUAAGGCCAAGUACACCGAGAGCCUUUUUGAAAGUAAUUGAGUGGAAUCUUGAUGCUAUUCUAAAUCAAGGCAUGUUCAAGUGGCCCCAUUGAACCCUCUCCACUAUACCCAGUCUCAAGGGCCAGGUUCCUAAGAAACCGGGAGUCAAAGAGCCAAAUAACUAACAAUCAUUUCACUUCCUGCUUGCCCCCGACAGGAGUCUCUGUGACGCCUUACUGGCCUCACCUAGGAGUACUUUAUGAGCCCACAGUCUCAGGGCUGUGGCCUCCCUCCUGUAUCCUGAAUAAAGCAGACAGGUGUGCAGAUUUUGGCCACAAAAGCAGGGUUAGCAGGGCCUCAGUCCCUUUAAAGAGACAUGGUUUGACUCUGGUUUUCUUGGGGGAAAAUACCACAAUCACCAAUACAAACAUUGGAAGAUUAUUGACAGCCCUAGAAAACUGCUGUGAUCCCAUUGGAAGAUAAGUCCCAGAAAUGUCAUGAGAUGGCUGUGUGUUGCCUGGGACACAGAUGAAGGGCCUAUCUUGGAGAGCUGGGGACUACCAGUCUGCCUGGAGGCCAGGGAGCAGUGGCUGAGUAGCUCUGCCCUUGCUCUGGUCUAUACCUUAAGAAUGCCAAAGAGUGAAUCUCAGCGCCUCCCUUUGGCACUCUGACCUAAAGUGCAAAAAGCUUCUGUGGCGAGGCAUGCUAUCAUGGAAUAAGACUGGCUUGGCCUAGGCAUGACAGAUGGGUAGUCAUUUUGUAGAGGCGAUGGGAAGAGGGUGAUAAUAGAAGAGUGGCAGCUAUAGGAAAUUAUCAACGGACCUUGGCCAGCAGGUUACAGAAACUAGCAAUGCAUGAACUGAAAGUGAUGAACUGGCAGGGAUAACAGAGAACCUAACAUUUAUUAAGCACAUAUUUAUUAAGUGCUCAUUGUUUCAUAUACAUGCAAAAUAUUCCUCUCAUUUUACAGAGAAAGAAAUUAUGGCCCAGGGGGCUAAAGUAACCAACUCAAGGGCACAUCGAAUGUAAAUAAAAGAAUUGUGAUUUGUAUCCAGGCCUCUCUCUUAGCCCAUGCUGUUUUCCCUUUGCCACACUGUGUAGGUGUUUGAGCAGAGGCCACAUUGCCAGAGUUGGCAUGACUCUUGUCUGCCUGACAAAAUAUUGAAAGGCUAUCAUUUGAAGGAGGGAGGGGAUGCAGGUUCAGUUUAUAGGGGAAUGCAAACUGGGCUGGAAGAUAUCCCUGAGCUAGGCUUUCUCUUAUUUAGCUUACCCGUUUGGUAAUGUUUUUAAGAUGAUCAUCUAAUUUUAUUUUGUGAAGUGAAGGAUUUGUGUUUUAGCUGGUAAUUGUUAAAUCCUUGACUUGCCAUUUUUCAAAAAGUAAAAAGGUCCUCACAAGUGUCUCUGUACUUCACCAAGUUCGUAGCCUGGGCAGUUUCAGUUUUAGCCUAAGAGAAUGGUGACAUCCACACAUGCAAUUUUAGAAGAAGAAAAGGUAUUGGUGCCUCUGCAGUACUUGAUGUGUUGGGGUCAAAUCUCUACAAAUUUUCUGUAGUGAUAGCAAAAUCAAGAGAUGGCUUACAAAAAGAAAUAUUGAAUUUUUAUUUUUGAAGUUUUUAUUUUUUAAAAAGUUGGGGGCGUUUAGCCACUGAGGGGCAAAACUCAGCAUCUAAUUUCAAUAAUAGCAUCAUGCAGAGUACUUCUAAUGUAAUUGGUUAUCAUGGGAAACUAUUCUUUUUUCAAGAAGUUUUUUGAUUCUAUAAUAACUAGAGCAAAUAAAGUAGUAAAAGAAGAAGUAGUUCUGUGACUAGGAAAAAAAUUGCUUUUGAGAGAACGUAGAUCAGUUAUACUACUUUUAAAGUAGCUGCAGAUAAGUGGCCUGGACACAUUACAAGCCCAGAAAAAAACCUCAGAAAUCAUAGAAAAUUUCAGAGAGAAUCAAGAUACCUGAAAGAUAAGUUUUUGAUAAAGAAAAGCCUUCAUUUUCCUUGGGGGAAAUGGAGCACUUGAUGCCAAGGACAUUAGCAGAGGGCUACAAAGAUUGCCUGUGUGAAAGACAUAUGCUACAUCAAAAUAAUACAACAAAUGAGAUCCUGGGGCUCAUUCAUGUGACUUUCAAUAAAGUAUGUAGACUGUCUAAUAUAAA